AUGAAUCUUGAUAAAAAUGCCACCGAAAAGACUGAAAGGUCUAUCCAGCUGGGAAAGUUCCCCAAUGAUAUCAGUAAUACUUCUAAAAGAGAGCAUGGGAACUUGAAGAAGGUCCUCUUCAGGAACUACAUUCCCUCUGAUAAAGAGAUGAGAGAAAUGACCGAAGAAAUAGAUCAUUUUGUUAGAGUCUCCAAGAUUGAGAAAAUGUAUGAAAAGAAGGCAACAAAGGUUAUCAAAAAAAGCGAGAAAUACCUAAACGACCCAAUUAACUUCAGGCCAAAGAAACAAACUGUUGAUUUGAAGAGAAUGCUUGAUAAAAAGCUUGCACAUUUGAAUAAGAAGACAGAAAAUGCACUUGUGAAAUUAAUGAAGCAGAAUAUUAUUGAGAGGAAUAAGAAGAAUAAGAAUGAUUUAGUUCAUGAAAAUGAAGAAGGUGGUGAUGGAAGAGAGAUUUUGGAAGCAGUACUUGUUCAAGAGAGGCUGAAUGAAAUGGAUAAUGACGAAGAUGAGGAUGCUGAAGAAGAAUUUGAGGAUUAAGGAUUCAGGAAUUAUUUAAUUA